CGCGGCUGUACUGAUUCAUUCACUCCUCGCUCUUUCUACCUGCCCCAGUUGCGCCCACCACAUUCACUGGACCCCACGUCUUCCAAUGUAACACCAAUUUGCACCGCGACCUCAGUGAAUAUUUCGGCAACAGUGUUCCUGCCAUGGCGAUGAUCGUGUUGUGAUUGCGCCUUCCCUUUUUUUUGUUUCUGUUUCUCUUCUUCCUUCCUCCCUCCCACCCACCUCUCCUUCUACCUCUCUUCGUUUCUCUCCACUUCCUCUUUACACAACACAACACCUCACAUAAUCGUACUCACGUCACUGCUUCUAUCACCGAACUCACAUCACUGCUUUCAUCACCGAACUUACAUCUCACGGCUUUCUUCACUGAACUCACAUCUCACUGCUUUCUUCACCGAACUCACACAACUCACAAUCAUAUCACUCUGCUGACAUUACAAUGUCUGGCCCUCUCGAUCCAUUCGCUGAAUUGUGGCAGCACGAGCGCGAACAGAUGGCUCGGCUGAACCCUCCCACUAGGCGUCUUCCUCCCAGUUUGUCCGAUAUCAACAUCUCCGCUCAGUCAAACUUCAUGCGUGAUAACACCUCACUUCUCGCCAAUGGGCCUCGACCCAAGUUGGGCAAUAUCCAUCGUCCCAGCCGGAGCGACCCUGACUGGUUCCCAACAACAAGCCGGUACGACAAUCCUGAUUCACCUCUAUUUCGUCCCACUGGACCAGAAUCAGCUGGACCUUCAAGGAAUGCAUUUGCUCCACGUCCAUUCGGUGUUGAUGAAACCAGCACUUCACAACAUGCACUCGCUCCGCGACGCUUUGGUCUCAAUGAACCCAGCACUUCGCAAAAUAUACUCGCUCCACGUCCAUUCGGACUCAAUAAACCCAGCACUUCGCAAAAUGCGUUUGCUCCACAAAGCUUUGGUCUUAAUGAACCUAGCACUUCGAAACAUGCGUUCGCUCCGCGACGCUUUGGUCUCAAUGAGCCUAGCACAUCGUUUGUUCCACGUCCAUUUGCACUCGCUGAGCCUAGCACUUCGCAAACUGUAUUCGCUCCACGUCCAUCUGGACUCAAUGAACCCAGCACUUUGUUUGCUCCACGUCCAUUUGCACUCGAUGAACCCAGAAAUUCGCGAAAUGCGUUCGCUCCACGUCCAUUUGGUCUCAAUGCACCCAGCACUUCGCGAAAUGGAUUCGCUUCACGUCCCUUUGGUCUCACUGGUGGACCUAGCACUCUGGACAAUACCUUUUAUCACAGUCGGCCAAGAGUCCACCUUCACCCUAUGCCUGGCACAGAAGAAGAGAAGCUUAAGAAGCUUGAGGCCACAUUUUUGGCCGGCAAAGGGCAGGAUUCCUCGAGUACCGCGACUCGCAAGAGACCACUAGAGAUAUCUGAUGAAGAUGAUGAAUGUCCUUAUAGACCGCAACAAUCUCAAAAUACUCCGUACGGUCUAACAAUUGCCAAGUCAUGCCCACCUCCUGAGCAGAAGGAGGCAACGGACAUGCAUACUUUGGUUUCAGAUACGGCACGUAUCGAACAUCCCUCGCAUGAAUUUACUCUGCAUGUUCCUGCUACUCCCCAAGUCCAUCCACCCGGCAGUUGGCCGGAAACAACCCAAGCCGCAACACGGUUUGCCGACCUCACUGACAACUAUGUACCGGAGCAAGCUCUUGAAUCUGCUUCAAGCUGGGCUGGGUUGACAGCGCGCUUGACGCGUGUCGUUGGUAACAACAUGACCACGCGUGCUAACAACACCGCUAGAGCUGUGCGUGGUGUUGGUAACCACAUCACCCAGCGUGCUACCAAAACCGCUAGAGUUGUGCGUGUUGUUGGUCAUGAUAUAGGUCAGCGUGCUACCAUCACCGCCCGACGAGCUGUGAAUGUUGUUGGAACAUUCAAACGUCGCAUUCAGCAAGUACUUCACAGAGAUACAAAUGAGCAUGAUCUUGAAGAUCACCGAAGAGGGCCACCUGCCGAUUCCGAUAUGCCGUUGCUUGACGCGGCUUCUGUUGUUGUUGAUGAUGCUUUGAGUUCUGAUGUGAUGGAUGCCACUCCUGAGCCGCUCCAUCCUGUUGAAAUGCCGUCGCCGGCGGACGGUAUUUUCGAACUUGUCGAGAUUGACUUUAGUGGUUUCAACUUUUGGUCUAGCCGUUCCAAUUCCUCAGAUACACCCAGCUCUGGUUCGGCCACCAAGCCCAAGUCUCUGAAACGUGCCGCACCCGAAUCCGAAGACGCCUUCCACCCUCCCAAGAAAUCCAAGAACCGAGCUCCGAUGGCCUUCUCUCCCCCUCGUACCCGCGACUCAUUUGUGCGAAAAAUGUUUCCACCUGCUCUCGUGGGGAGUCUUGCAGUCGCAGAGGCAAUGAAAGCCCAUUUUGCAGGAAAUCCCAUGCCACUCAAGCGCAUCAACUACAGGAGAGGAGCAUAUCAUCUCCAACCCAUUCGCGUUCCUUCCACCGAGGUGAAGGAGACUGCUACCCAAAGACCCAAGAUCGCACAGUCUCAAGAAGUGAAAACGAAAAGUAUUUUGAAGACCAGCAGUAACGCUGUGGCCUCAUCUUCGAAGUCUUCUGUGGUCGAUGCGACUACCGUCAGCCUUCCUGAUGCCAAUCAUGAAAAGCAUACGCCAAAGCCUAAGCCCUCCCGCAAAGUUCACUUUCCUAACUCGCCUGUGACAGGCGAGCGUAUCAUAACACCUCGCAAUGCGCCUCCUGCCCCACGGACACCGUCACCGUCACCGCCAAGGGCACGAAUUGGACAUCUCCAGCAUCUUCUCGAUGCGCAUGCGAGAAAUAUCCUUUCCAGCGAAGAAGACACCGAUGCUAAAGCUAUUACCUAUGAAGAGCAAAAGGAGAACAUCGCUCCUCUGGCUCCUGAUACCACGUCCCGCGAUUUGAUGAGUACUGAAGUUACGUCCCACGAUAUGUUGAGCACUGAGAUUACGUCCCGCGAUAUGUUGAGCAAUGAGUACAUGAGAAUUGAAGACACGAAUAUCGAACAUGUGAAUACCAAUCAGACGACUGCUGAUGAAGUGGUCAGCCAUGAAGGUAGAUCUGUUAUUGCACAGGAAAGCAACACGCUCUCGCAGGAUCCCUCUACACAAGAGGCAGAGCAACACCCCAUGGGUCGAGCACUUUCUGCGCUGGAGAGCGACCGUGGCGGAAAACGAGGAAAAAGAGGGGGAAAGAAGAAGGCACAGCCAGCAACGCCCACCCGCAAGAAUCCUCCUCGAGCGGCCCGCAGUGCGACCCCUAAGCGCUAAGUGGAUCAAACGUCUUGAAGACACCAUGGCUGGGCCACCAUCAAGGAAGGUCGCCACUACACUUUCGGGAGAGACAUUGACGACACGAGAUCUGGCAACCUGCUAUACACC